AUGCUCUGCUCUCUUGCGCCGCGCGCGGUGGGUGGGGGCGGAGCCUUCGGCUGUUGCUGCGACGAGCUGUGGCGACCUGUUGCUGGGGCGUUGUCCAGGCGCUGUGCUUCUCCCUGUGCCGCGGCGAGUGGUGGUCGGACUUCGGGCGGCCAUUCCACCGAGCUGUGGCGAGCUGUCGUUGAGGUGAUUGUUGAGAAAGCUGGCUCGACUGAUGUCCCUGAGAUUGAUAAGAAGUGCAUCUGCAGAUCAGUCUCCCAGCUCUCCAAGUACUUAUGUGAGUUCUGUGGCAAGUUUGCUGUGAGGAGGAAAGCAGUUGGUAUCUGGGGAUGCAAGGAUUGUGGGAAGGUUAAGGCCGGUGGCGCCUACACCAUGAACGCUGCUAGUGCGGUCACUGUCAGGAGCACAAUCUGGCGCCUGUGGGAGCAGACCGAGGCAUGA